CAGACAUAGAUUCCCCCCUCAUGACAUGUGGGGUAUUGAAGAUGCAUAAACUAGAUAGAUAUAAAAAGACCCUGAUAGUCCAUCAAAAUAUUCUCCUACCUCACCACCAAACACAGCGUCACAAGCUCAAAAUGCCUUCCUUAACCACCCCCGAAUCCCCAUUCACCCCAAAAGUCCAAGCCAAGUUGCUUGCCAGCCGGGAGAAAGCCUCUCGCGACUUCCGCUCAGAUGUCGUUACCGUCCCCGUUGAGGAGAUGAUGACAUCUAUUCUCGAUGCCUCGGUAAACGACGAUAUCUACGAUCCUGAAGGCGACCCCUCUGUCAAGGCUCUCGAGGCUCGACUUGUCGAGCUGACGGGCAUGGAGGCUGCUCUAUGGGCUGUUUCUGGUACUCAGGGGAACCAAAUUUGUUUGAGAACGCAUCUUACCCAACCGCCGCAUAGUGUACUGUUGGAUCAUAGGGCACAUGUGCAUUGCUGGGAGAGUGGUGCUCUGCCGGUGAUUUCGCAGGCGAGUGUCUCGACGGUCCAUGCAGAGAAUGGGGUGCAUCUGACCUUGGAGGAUGUUAAGAAGAAUAUCAUCGCGGACGGGAACAUUCACUUCCCACCUACGAGGGUCGUGUCUCUUGAGAAUACCCUCUCAGGCACUAUCCUACCCCUUGCUGAUGCCCAAGCCAUCUCAAACUAUGUCCGUUCAUUCCCUGUACCGGAAGGCCAGAAGCCUAUUGCCACGCAUCUCGAUGGAGCCCGUGUCUUUGACGGCGUGAUCGGAGAAGGUGUUGAUCUGAAGGCCUACGCAGCCUGCUUUGACAGUAUAUCCAUCUGUCUAGCCAAAGGCAUCGGUGCUCCAAUGGGCAGCGUCAUCCUCGGCAAGAAGCCCUUUAUUGAACGGGCAAAGUGGUUCAGGAAAAUGUUGGGAGGAGGAACUCGACAACCGGGCAUGAUGGCCGCUGCAGCUCUAUCAGCGCUUGAGUACAGCAUCCCAAGGUUUCCGUCUGUGCACGCCAUGACGAAGGAUGCUUCUGCGAGACUCGAAGCAGUGGGAUACAAGUUCACACUUCCUGUUCAGACCAACAUGAUUCUGCUGGAUCUGGAAGCCGCUGAGAUUCCACCCGCGGCAUUCGUUGAGUAUUGCGCAAAGGAGGGUGUUUCGGUCUUCCCCAUGGCCAGGCUCGUCUUUCAUCAUCAGACGUCUGAAGUGGCUGUUGAUAAGUUGGUGACGGCGUUGACAAGGUUGAUGGGGGACAAGCGUAACGGCGUGACUCUUAAUGACGGAGAGGCCCACGGAGGGUACAGCUAG